AUGUUUGUACUAGAUCAAUGCCAUUACUAUACAACAGAAAGCCACUAUAUCACAGCUCCUCUAUCUAUAGAAGAAGCCUCAUUCCCUUUAGCAUAUAUAAUGAUCAUUGGUCAUGAUUUCAAUACAUUUGAACGAAUCUUUCGAACUAUUUACAUGCCUCAAAAUGUCUAUUGUAUUCACCUAGAUAAGAAGGCCACAUUUAAUUUUAAACUUGCCGUGGGAAAAUUAUUGGAAUGCUUCCCAAAUGCUUUUAUAACUUCAAAGUCUGAGUAUAUUACCUAUGGAGGGAUAUCCAUACUCCGGGCUGAACUGAUCUGUAUGAAAGAACUAAUAGCUUCAGAUGUCCACUGGAAAUACACCAUUAACAUUGGUGACCACAGUUUUCCCUUAAAAACCAAUAAGGAGAUAGUUCAGUAUUUGAAAGCAUUGAAGGGAAAAAACAUUACCCCUCACUUACAGUCCAUUCAGAAAUCUACCGAAAGGGUCAAAUAUGUCCAUACAGAACAUAGAACCAGAACAUACUCUUCAGUCCUAAAGAAACAUAAAAAGAAGAGCCUACCUCCAAAUCAACUUAAAAUCUACUUCGGAUCACCUUAUGUUGCCCUAACAAGGCAAUUUGUCCAUUUUGUUCUAUUUAAUAAAAUAGCCAUUGAGUUAUUACAUUGGUCCCAAGAUACCUACGGUCCAAAUGAACACUACUGGAUUACACUUAACAGUAUUCCAGGUGUUCCUGGAUCUAUGGUACAAGGAGUCUCGGAGACGAGUCUGACAGCUGUGAAGUGGGUUUUCCAGGAAAAUAUUCAUAAUGGCUGCCAUGGCCACUAUUGGCAAGAUAAGUGUGUCUAUGGGCCUGGUGACUUAGAGUGGCUCUACAACUCUUCAAGUAUGUUUGCUAGCAAAUUUGAGUUUGAUAAAUACCCACUUACGGUGGAAUGCCUAGAACUGAGAGUUCGAGAGAGAACCCUAAAUCAGAGUGAAGUCCAAGUGGAAUUAGAUUGGAAUUUUUUCCCACAUUACACCUAUGUUUUAGAAGAUAGCACAAAAGAACAACAAUAA